GUGGGGUUAAUGCGAGCGCCCUAAACGCUGAACUGUCCCCGUCUACUAUUGCAGUAAGUGCGAUCAAACUUUCCGAUACUUUCGUUUAUACCCUGUGCCUUGGUCAAUUUCUUCUCUCUCGACAGACCUACCUCAACUACUCCCUUAAUAGCUACGUAGUUUGUUUUUUUAUUUAUUAUUUUGUUUAUACAGUUUAUUUAUUUAUGCAGGCUUUUGUAUGCGGUCGCGGUUAGACAAGCAUUACACGUUUAGUAUAAAUCGUAAUUAAGCGCAGAUAUUGCACUAUAUAUUGUUCAUUGACUUUGGCAGCAAAAAUGCAUACAACGCAGAAGGACACGACCUACACGAAGAUAUUUGUUGGGGGUCUUCCAUAUCACACUACGGACUCCAGCCUGAGGAAAUAUUUUGAAGUUUACGGGGAUAUCGAGGAGGCUGUUGUGAUCACUGACAGGCAGACGGGAAAGUCCAGGGGCUAUGGAUUUGUUACAAUGGCAGAUCGAGCUUCAGCAGAGAGGGCCUGCAAGGAUCCCAACCCCAUAAUUGACGGCAGGAAGGCCAACGUUAACCUGGCCUACCUGGGCGCCAAGCCCAGGGUCCUUCAGUCAGGAUUCUCCUUUGCUGUUCCACGAAUCCAUUCAAGUUUCAUCCCAAGGACAUAUGGGAUGCCUGCUCAGUACGUCUACCCGCAGGCCUUGGUGCAGCCCAGCGUGGUGAUUCCGCACGUCCAGGCUGCGGCAGCGGCCACGCCCACGCCCACCGCCACCUCAUCGUUUCUGGACUACGCCGGUGCCUAUGCGCAGUACUCCGCAGCCGCCGCAGCCGCCGCAGCCGGAGCCGCGUAUGAACAGUACCCCUACGCCGCAUCCCCUGUACCGGCUGGGUUCACCGCUGCCGGUUACGGGUUCGCGUCCCAGCAGGCCCUGGCCACUGCUGCCGCCACCCCAGGCCCGGCCUCCAUGGUGUUCGGCCAGUACCAGCCCCAGACGCUGCAGGCUGACCACAUGCAGUAGCUGUUGGGUGACCAGCAGGGGGCGACAGAAGGGUCUGGCAUCUGCGUUACACUGUGACAGUCUGGAGGGACUCAUGUUGACUAGGAGAAUCUUUAAAAUACACAGCAGUGACCCAGGAAGGACUUGGAAACAGUAUGAAAAAUAAGUCCUUUACAUUAUUACUGACAUUGUUUUGUAUGAUAAAUUAUUCAUUUGUAUAGGGAAAUGGAAGGAAGGCUGUAGCUAGAAUGUACUGGGCGUGAGAGCUUUUACAGUUACUCUGCAGACAUGGGUGAUUAUGUUGACAGGCUCUGUUUGAUAUUUAUCAUGUCUGAAAAUCCUCUUUUACUGCUGUCGGUGUGUUCAGAUUAUCGGGUAUUUUCCAGUUAUUUUUAAACUGUCCAGUGCAUCAGGGGAAUUUCAUAAACGAACGUAACAACACAGGAAGGGAUGAACAUUGCUGUUCAUUUCUACUGACUGAACUACUCUCGUGCUUAAUCUAUGCAAAGUUUGACUUCAGGAGAACGUGAGGACCCUUUGUAAGGAAUGUCUGAACCAAAUGAUGCAUUUGGAUCUAGAAAGACACGUACAUCAGUGGGCUGGGGAGUGUCCGGCUCUCGGCCUUUGGGGACAGGCAGUGACACACGGAGCUGCCUGGCUCCCAUUCCUCACCCUUACAGUAUUCCAGCUGUGGUCCAGGCAGAUGCCUGAGAUGGUGCCCAGGAGAAGAUUGGGGGGGGGGGGCUCUCGCCAUGGGGGGCACCUUCCUGUGUAUAAGUUCCACCUGUUUGUCGCUGGGUGAACAGGAGAAAACAAGAGAAAACAGGGGAAAAGGAGAAACAGAGGAAAUGUGAAGCUGAACGUUAAUCUAUUUAUUAUUGUGCCUUGUAGUAAUUAUUAAAGUGCUAUUUAAGAAGACUAAUUUAUUUGAACAAUUUCUCCCUAAAUGGCUUUGAUCCAUUUAACUGUCUGAAUAUAUGCAGAUAUUAGAAGUAUUUUGCUUGAUCAAUGUACCACAUUGAUAAUGAUCUUGCCAGCAAUGAGUGGUGGUUAAAUAAAGGCUUCAUCUGAAGUUAAGCUCAAACGGCAACAUUGUGACGGGUACUUGUGGUAAAAUGUACAUGUGCUCUUCCAGUCAAAUUAAGUCAAUAACUCUUUUUAUGACGGACAAUGUCAAACUGAAUUCAUAGCUAAGAUUUAUUUACGAUGCAAAUUUAAAUUGGAAGUGUAUGGCUGUCUUUCUGAUUCUUAGUUGUUCUCAAUCACAUUACUGAAAAUGAAAAAUGUGUCGAAACUUCACGCACCAAUGCUUUUUACCCAGUUUUGUAAAGCCGUGCUUCUGUUAACUUUUUAAGUUUAUUGUACACCGUCAGGACUUUUGUAAUACUUGAACUGUUUGUUGCAGAAAUAAAGAUACAAAAAAUAAAUACAAUGUUAUUUUAAGAGAACUGUCA